AUGUCGUCGGCACCAUCGACGUCGAUUGCCAGCGAUGUACAUCCAGUAACGGAUAUUCGUGAACUGAAAAGUGCACUACGGUUGGAUUUACAGUCCAGUUUGAAUACACUGAAACGACAUCAAAAUGGUGUUGAAAAUUCAGCAGCUGACCUGGUGAAUCGAAUGAAAACGCCAUCAUUAGCAGACAUUGAAAAAAUUAUUGCUGAAGCAACACCUUUGUCGACACCAACGUUAGCCAAUUUUAUGAAUCCGAAGAAUGUGACGUUAGCUCAGCAGACCUAUGCCCAAGGAUUUCUUGACGCUUUAAAGCAUGUACAACAAAUCAACAAGUUCAUACCUACUCCGAACUUGUUAAGUUCUCCCGGUUUAGUUCCACAAAUUUUAAGCAGUCUCGGGACGCCAUCGGGUUCAGAACAGACAGACCUCGCCAAAAGUCCAGCAAGUCCAUCCAGGAGCCAAAGUUUGUGGCAUUUAGGUGUGAUGAUUAAAAUUGGCUUCUUUGCCGCCAUGAAACUUGUAAAACAGUUUCAAGCGGACGAUUUCGGUGCAGACAGCGUUCAUAAAGAACAGGGAAUUGUUGUUUUUUGUACAUGUAACACUUUGAAUGAGUCACCCAACGUGUGUAUUGACAGUGUUUUUGCCCUAUUCGGUUUUCAAUCGGACAAUAAUGGAAAACGGAGAGGAGACCUGUCAUCAUCUUGUCGAUGA